AUGUAUCUGGAGAACAAAAACGCUCUCGAGAUCGAGCUGACCCCAGCCGGGGCUCAGGCCCACCAGGGUCGAGCCGUACGGCGAAAAUCGAGUGGAGUACCUGGGAACUUUGAUGAGCUGAAGCUUCUGGAAGGUUUCUCUGAGCGGAGAGAGACGCAGAAGCUCCUGCAAGCGGCUGCCAUACCCCCUGGGCACUGCGGCGUCUAUACAGACGUCCACCACGAUGACGGGUACUUAUUAAACUUCAGCGUUAUGAAUUUCCUAAGAGGCAAAGCCAGCCAGGCCAACCACACUGAGAGAUCUCCUCUGUUGAAGUUUUGCCCGAAUGAUGGAGUGACCUACAUGACUCUACAUGAACCCAGCUUUGGUUCAGGAGAGGAGUCAUGGGAAGGGAGCUCCACAGAGUUGGAGAGGAGGUGUCGUUUGGGUAGCGAGGUGGCCAGUCUCUCCCGCUCUACAGAGAAGGGAGACUCGCUUGACGUCUACCUUAACUUCAAACUGUCCAGAAACAUGAGGUACUGCUUAAAGAUGACAAAAAUUGUCUCUAUAUUUGCCAUCGUCGUUCUCUGUUCGCUUUUCUUCAGUAUGUAUCCGGACCGGGAGAGCCCGUGGAGAAUGCUGGCUGUAUCAUCCACGGAGAGCUUCUCAAUGAAUCUGACGGAUUUCCGUGACAACGCCUUGCUGAAGCUGCAGGUGGGUGGGCCGUUUGUGAGCGGUAUGGAGAACAUUCCCGCCCAGGAGUACAUUCUGAUUCAGGUGGAGCAGACAGAGGAGGCGGGGCCUCGCAGGAGACGGACACAACAGGUGAUCUACAACUGGACUAUACCUCUUCACUCCCAGCGUAGCGAUCAAAUCCUCACAACCAAAACGUUUGAGAUGAUAAGCAGUGCUCCUAUCCUCAUAUCUGUUCAAGCGUUCCUGUUGGAUAAUCAGGUGGUGCCCCUCUCAAUGACACACCAAUCUCUCUACGUUACCGUAGAAACGCAGGUGCUCAUUGCCGGGCUUAUUUUGGCGGGAGUUUACGUCCUCAUCAUCUUUGAGAUUGUUCACCGGACCCUGGCAGCUAUGUUAGGAUCUCUGGCAGCCCUGGCAGCACUGGCUAUCAUUGGAGAUCGGCCCAGCUUGGUUACUGUGGUGGAGUGGAUUGACUAUGAGACGCUGGCACUGCUCUUUGGCAUGAUGAUUCUGGUGGCCAUAUUCUCCGAGACGGGUUUCUUUGAUUACUGCGCUGUGAAGGCAUACCAGCUGUCAAGAGGAAGAGUGUGGCCCAUGAUCAUUAUCUUAUGCCUCAUCGCUGCCAUUCUCUCCGCCUUUCUCGAUAACGUCACCACCAUGAUGCUCUUCACACCUGUCACUAUCAGAUUAUGCGAGGUACUUAAUCUGGAUCCAAGGCAUGUCCUGAUUGCAGAGGUAAUCUUCACGAACAUCGGAGGGGCAGCCACAGCUGUUGGAGACCCACCCAAUGUCAUCAUCGUGUCCAAUCAGGAUUUGCGGAAAAAAGGCAUUGAUUUUGCUGCCUUCACAGGGUACAUGUUCCUGGGGAUUUGUCUGGUGUUAUUGACCUCAUUCCCAUUUCUCAGAAUGCUCUAUUGGAACAAGAAACUUUACAAUAAGGAACCAAUGGAGAUUGUGGAACUGAAGCAUGAGAUUCUGGUAUGGAGACAGACAGCGCACCGUAUCAGUCCGGCGAGCCGAGAGGAGACCGCUGUCAAGUGCCUGCUCAUGCAGAAGGUUCUCAAUCUGGAGAGUCUUCUUCGCAAGAAGCUCAAGACCUUCCAGAGGCAAAUAUCACAGGAGGACAAAAACUGGGAGAGCAACAUACAAGAGCUCCAGAAAAAGCACAGAAUAACAGACAAAGUCCUCCUGGUCAAGUGUGUGUCAGUGCUGGGAGUAGUCAUCUUUAUGUUCUUCCUCAACUCCUUUGUUCCCGGCAUUCACCUGGAUUUAGGUUGGAUUGCUAUGCUGGGAGCGCUGUGGUUACUGGUGCUGGCAGACAUCCAGGACUUUGAAAUCAUUCUUCACAGAGUGGAGUGGGCAACUCUCCUCUUCUUUGCAGCUCUGUUUGUGCUUAUGGAGGCUUUGGCCCAACUCCAGCUUAUCGAUUACAUUGGCCAACAGACAGCAGAGCUGAUCAAAGCGGUUCCAGAGGACGAGCGAUUGGCCAUUGCCAUCAUUCUGGUCAUGUGGGUUUCUGCCCUGGCAUCUUCACUCAUAGACAACAUCCCCUUUACAGCUACCAUGAUACCAGUGCUUGUCCGUCUGAGUCAAGAUGCUGAUGUCAACUUGCCAGUCAAACCGCUGAUCUUCGCUCUGGCCAUGGGGGCGUGUCUGGGAGGUAAUGGGACUCUGAUUGGUGCAUCAGCCAACGUGGUAUGUGCAGGCAUUGCAGAACAGCAUGGCUAUGGAUUUUCCUUCAUGGAGUUCUUCAGGCUGGGAUUUCCCAUGAUGCUCAUGACCUGUACGAUAGGCAUGUGCUACUUGCUGGCCACACACAUUGGACUUGGCUGGAACAUGUAA